AUGAACGGAGGGAAGUGGACAGGAGUGGCCUGUGAUUGUCCCCAGGGCUUCACAGGAGAUCGAUGUCAGUUAUUGAUCAAUGUCUGCCUGAAUGGAGGUCUCUGGGAUGGGCUCAAGUGUCAGUGUACCAGCCUCUACUACGGGCCACUGUGUGAGAUUGUGGUGGAGAGCAUCGAGAUUGAGCCACCACCACAGACGGUCACUGCUCAAAUGGAACUGACGGUGACCGUGACUAGUGAGCCAUACAGUGAUAAGCUACAGGACCGGUCUUCUCAGGAAUUCAAGAAGUUCAAUGAAACAUUCACGGAACAGAUGAAAACAAUUUAUUCUGGAAUCCCUGAGUAUGAAGGAGUCAACAUCACAGGGUUGAGGCAGGGCAGUGUGGUGGUGGAGCAUGACGUCAUCCUGAAGACCAAGUUCACCCCAGAAUACAAGGAAGUCUUCAAGAAGGUCACGGAGGAGGUGAAGGAAAAAAUCGAGAAUGCAACCAGAGAGCUGAUAAGCAACAAUGAUACCUGCACAGCCAUGCUGUGCUUCAACUCAACUGCCACCAAGGUGCAGAACAUUACAGUCACCCAGUACGAUCCUGAAGAGGAAUGCCGGAAGAAGGCUGGGGAGGAAUUUGCCCCCUACUUCACGGUGGAGUACAAGGACCAGAAGCCCUACUGCAUCACGCCCUGCAUGGCCGGCUUCAAUGCUUCCUGGGACUGCCACUACGGCAAGUGCCAGCUGCAGCGYAGUGGCCCCCAGUGCUACUGCCUGAUCACAGAGACUCACUGGUACCGCGGAGAGACCUGUGAGUGGGGCAUCCAGAAGAGCCUGGUGUACGGACUCGCGGGCGCGGGCGGUGCCGUGGUGCUGCUGGUCAUCGUGGUCCUCCUGGUGUUCACRCUCCGCUCCAGGAGAGAGGUGAAGAGGCAAAAGGCCACAGUGUCUCAGUUGUACCAGUGGCAAGAAGACAAUGGUGGAUCUGUCCCUGGGACCCUCCGAAACAUUGGCUUUGACAUCCACGAAGAAAGAGAAUAUUACACCCACCUGGACUCCAUCUACAGUAACUUCCAGCYCUCUCUGAAUCACAUAGACCCUGCAAAAAAGGUCCAAAUUCAGAGGCCCCAGGUGGUAAUGACAGCCUUGUAA